GUCUCGUCCAGUUCUCUCAGUCUUUCAUGAAAAGCGGCAGCUUACGGUUGUUAAAUUCGUUUUGUGUGGAAGGGAUAUAAAAGCGAGAAUUUAAUAAGGAAUUAGAUCAAGAUGGUUGGUGCUCAGGCGUCUUCUAUCACGCGUCACUUUCUGACGUUACUGGGUUGUCUUCUUCUCGUCUCAAGUGUUUCUGCGCAAAGAGGUUGCCAGUUCCGCCCAGGAGUGCAGGGAAUAUGCAGAGAAAUAACUCAGUGCCCGAUCGUUCUCGAAAACCUCAGGAACCGGGUCUCCUUCCCCAUCCUGUGCGGCGGUUUCAAUAGAAGGAACCCCAUUGUCUGCUGUCCAUCAGAUGGUGUAACAGUGACUCCUCAGCCACAAACUGACAUAUCGGAACCUUCCCCACCUGUUGAAUGCGGGGUUCCAGUUCCUGUGAUUGGUGACGUGCGCGUUCAAGCAUCAAGAGAGCAGGCAAUCCAGCGCAUUAGUCAAGCCCAAGCAGCGAAGGUCGAAGGAUUCCAAAGUGAUGUACAACCUCUGGUCGUGGUGGGAUACCUUCGUUCCGCUCCUCUUGGCCGUGGAUGGUAUGUAGUGAAUUAUUAUUACUAUUGUUAUUUGGGAAGCAGACCCUCUCUCAAGCAUACUUUAUUAAAAGUAAUGGCUACUUCAGCUCUAUACUAGCCUGUUUAAGUAGCACUAUUCAAAAGUA